GGCCGGCCGGGCCCGGAGCUCCGCCGUCCGCCACCAUGGGCAACGCGGAGGAGACGGGCAAAGAAGCAAUAGAGGUGAAAAUCCCACAGAGUCACCAAGAUGUGAUGUCCAAUGAUGAGCAGUAAUUACUGCGGCAACACUUCAGCCAGCAUGAGCGUCAGUGAAAUGUCUGCCUUCCCUCUGACUUUGGAGCAAAAAACUGGUUUCGCCUUUGUGGGGAUUUUGUGUGUUUUCUUAGGACUUCUAAUUAUCAGAUGCUUCAAAAUCUUGCUAGACCCCUACAGUAGUAUGCCUUCUUCAACAUGGGAAGAUGAAGUCGAGGGGUUGGAUAAAGGGACCUUUGAAUAUGCUCUUGCAUGAAAAGUCACACGAUAUCCUGCCUUAAAUUUGAUGUUGAUUUCAUUUUGGAAACCAACUGUUGGUACAUUUGUUACAUAUGCAUACGUACAUUUUGGAGAUGUGUUGGUAUC